AACUCACGGUACAAAGUUACAAUAUGUUUGAGUUUACAGAACGAGCAACUUAGGUUGUUAGUUGCAGUAAUUAAAAAUGAGUGACUUGACUGAGUGGCAAGCCGAGUACAGACCCUCGUCUAGUCUAAUUUUAGCCAGUAAACAGCAAGUGGAAGCUAAGGCGGAUGAGUAUGACUACAAACUGCUGUUAAUCAAACGCACGGAGCGCACGUCUUAUGCUGUGAACCAUUGUGUCUUUCCUGGUGGUGUCUUUGAGGCAACGGCAGAUGAAUCAGCGGGUUGGCUUGAAUAUUUUGCAGACUGUGGCAUUAGCAAGACCCAAUUGGAGGUGCUCAGUUGUCGUCAGUCUAGCAAUAGACCCAGGCUUAUGACCGAAGGCCAGUAUUUCUCCAGAGACAUCUCGCUGCGUCUGACAGCGCUACGGGAAUGCUUUGAGGAAGUGGGCAUACUCUUGUGCCGCAGUCGCUCCACUCUAUCGGAUUUGACCACUGGCAAGCCAGCGCAAGUAGUAUUGCAUUUUUUAGAAUUGGAGGCGUGGCAACAACGUGUGCACAACGAUGCAAAACAGUUCUUACAGCUCUGUAAAUAUCUUCAAGUCGUACCCGAUCUCUGGGGUCUAAGCGAAUGGUCUGUUUGGCGCACAGCUGCUACUGCAGCUGCUAAUCGCAAAUAUGAUACAGUAUACUAUAUAGCCGCCUUGGAGUCAAACAAUGUGCUGUUACAGCUGGAGCAGCAGGAAGUGCAGGCAGCCUAUUGGCUGACUCCCAUUGAUUGUUGGCGCAGAUCACAUCAGGCUGAUAUCUGGUUGCCCUUUAUGCUGCUCUAUGAAAUUGGGCGUCUGAUGAGCAUGCGCUGCUGGAAGGGACUGCUUGAGUUUUCUCGGCAGCGUAGCGUACAAGGGUCUACGUUACUGCAGCCUAUUUACUAUCGCUGUGAUGAUUGCAUGUUUGGUGUUCUACCAGGAGAUGAGCUAUAUUUGGCUGAGCCUUACAAAUUCAAAGAAUACAUACGGCUGCCUGGCAGCAUGGGGGAGAUAAACGCUCGCUCUAAACUCUAUAACCGUUAUAUGGCAUACGAUUUCUAUAAUGUGCAAUUGGCCAGCAAUGUGCAGCCGCUGGAUGGACAUUUGCGUCUGCAGGCAAAGAUUAACACACAGUUAGCUAAAUUAUAAUUAAA